AUGUACCAAACUUCCUUUAUGGAGUCAAGUGCCUCAACCCUCAUUCUAUCUUCCCUCCUACACCUUAAGCAACCCAACUUGCCCACACAAUUCGUGUGGCCUCCCGAGGACUUAGCCCAUACUGCACAAGCCCACGAACUCAAAGAUCCGCCCAUCGACCUCACCGGCAUCUUAAACGGUGAUCCAGAGUCAACCCACUCGGCCGCAGCCCAAAUCCGGACCGCCUGCUUAAACCAUGGCUUCUUCCAAAUCGUCAACCAUGGUGUGGACCCCACCCUGGUCCGUGCAGCCCAAGACCAAAUGGACAUCUUCUUCAGCCUUCCCCUCGCCCGAAAGCUCGCCGUUAAACGAAAACAGGGCGAGCUCUGCGGCUACUCGGGGGCCCACACAGAUAGGUUCUCGUCGAGACUACCGUGGAAGGAGACUUUCUCCUUCACUUACGAUUACGAAAACGGCAAUGUGGCCGACCAGAUAAAAUCUCUCCUUGGCCAAGAUUUUGAGGAAGCAGGGUUUAUUUAUGAGAGAUAUUGCGAGGCAAUGAAGAAACUAUCCCUGGCAAUAUUUGAGCUGCUGGCAAUUAGCUUGGGAGUCGAGCGAGGGUAUUUUCGGGAGUUCUUCAAAGACGGGAGCUCGAUAGUGAGGGGAAACCAUUAUCCGCCGUGCAUAGAAGCCGGACUUACGCUCGGCACGGGACCUCAUUGCGAUCCCAACUCGUUGACGAUUCUCCAGCAAGAUCAAGUCGGAGGUCUUCAAAUCUUUAUUAACGGAAAAUGGCAAGCCAUUAAACCUUGCCCUGGCGCCUUUGUCAUUAACAUCGGGGACACAUUCACGGAUGCGGUGGCCUGCUACCUGGCCUAA